AGUAAAUGGAAUAAGUGUAUUCGGUUGGCGAAACAUUCACAUCAUUUUUAGGGAAUUUCUAUGAUCAAAGGAUACUAAUCUCGAUUUAUUUGUUGUUUCCAAUAAUUUUGUUGUUCUUCUUUCUCAGUCUUAGGUAAUCAAAUUUUAUAUUGUAGAGAUUUAGAAAGACUUGAAAAUUAGGAGAAAUAUGACAUGGCACAUUCUCAUUAUUAGCCAAAUAUUUACAAUAAUAUGGUCUAUUAAUGGACUAAGAAAGGAAUUGAAGAUUUGAAAAAUGAUAAACGAUAUGUUUAAUGGUAAUAACAAAAAGAGAGAGAAUUGGAACUAAGAUCAUAAGAAUCAAGCAAAUUAUCAAAUCGAUAAUAAUAAGAAUGA